CAGGAAGUCAUGCGACCUUGCAGUGAAGUGUACAGGUGACUGCGGAAACAAAAUGUCGCUCCAAGCUGCAGUGUUCGGAUUGAUCAAACCGGGCUUCAUCUCUGGAAUGCAGCUCUCUAAAGUGGCCGCGCCUGUAGGACCACACCUGCUCACCAGGUACUUCUGGAGCAGCAAGAGCGAUUCCACAGACAAGAUCAACCUGGACAUCGAUAAGGACAGCACCAACGUGGUGCACAGUUUUGACGUCGAGGAGAUCAGGAAGAAGGCCGUCUACUGCCGCUGCUGGAGGUCCAGGAAGUUCCCCUACUGCGAUGGCUCUCACAUCAGACACAAUAGGCAGACCGGAGACAACGUGGGUCCGCUGAUCAUCAACAGAAAAGACGCCUGAGCAUCUGAUCUUCAUCCUGCUGCUGUGUUUGAUUUACUGAGAAAGUGUGUGUGUGUGUACACAUCAUUACUGUAUCAGAGAAGAUAGUCUUCAGACUGAAAUCCACUCCUAUCAUCAUUCUGUCCAUCUCGUCAUUUAUAACAAAUUGUUUUAAAUAAUAUAGAUAUUAAAGCACUGCCUAAAAGCAGAGCUCCUGAUGAGUUUAGGAGCAAAAUAUCUCCAAGGGCAGAAAAUCAACCUGAAUAGAAUAAUAUUACAGCACCAUGAAUGAACCAUGGAAUUGUGUCGUGUAUUUCAUGUCAAUAAAUCACUGCAUUGUGAUGAGCUACACAUCACAGUUACAAAUA